CACCCAUUCAAUUCGGGAAAUAAAAUAAUUGAAGUUUGAUAAAUUUGAAGAAGUUACAGGGUUCAAAGUUUUGAGCUUUUCCAGUACAUGCCAAUUAGGGAUUUUGACAGAGUUGUGGAAGUACUAGUAGACCAAGAAAGCGCUUUCAAAGUCUCGCCUUUCUUUCCUUUUCUUUUUAUUUGUUAUUUUUGGGUUUCUCUCUCUCUGCCUACUGCUUUCAGCUCCCUCUUUAAAAAAACAGCAAAAUCCCAAAAAUAGAAAGUCAUUUUCUGCUCACUGAGCUUCAGCUGAUUCUCACUGGCCUUGAGUUGUUCAAAUAAGAGGUUUAGCUUGCUUAGGUGUCGAGAUCUGGUUCUGAGCUAGGUUUUUGGUUGGGAUUUUGGUUGAUUCUUGAAGCUAGGGUUUAGUUUGGGGUGUUGUGUAUAAAAUGUGGUAAUUUGAGAAGAGGAUUGGGGUUUGGGUAGAGAAGAUCUGAGGGUUAUGAGGCAGUGGAGUUUGGAAGUAGCUUUGAGGAUUUUCUGGGUAUUUGGGGGGGGUGGGCGGGUGGGUUUUCAUGAAUGUGGUUAAAUAGAGAAAAGUGAGCGGUGAUUCAAAACUUGUCUUCUUUUGGACGUGUUGGUUUUUAGUUACUCAAGGACUUGCUUUUGUUUGGUUUUAGAAUGAGACUCUCUUCGUCGGGGUUUAAUCAGCAGACUCAGGAAGGGGAGAAAAAAUGUUUGAAUUCCGAGCUUUGGCAUGCUUGUGCCGGCCCUCUUGUAUCUUUGCCUCCUGUGGGAAGCCGUGUUGUGUACUUUCCCCAGGGUCACAGCGAACAGGUUGCUGCUUCGACAAACAAGGAAGUAGAUGCUCAUAUUCCUAAUUACCCUAGCUUACCCCCGCAGCUCAUCUGUCAACUUCACAAUGUCACUAUGCAUGCAGAUGUGGAGACAGAUGAAGUAUAUGCACAGAUGACCUUGCAACCACUGAGUCCGCAAGAGCAAAAAGAUGUAUACCUACUGCCUGCAGAGUUGGGUACUCCCAGCAAACAGCCAACAAACUAUUUUUGCAAGACAUUGACUGCAAGUGAUACCAGCACACAUGGAGGAUUCUCCGUUCCUCGUCGAGCGGCUGAAAAAGUUUUUCCUCCUCUUGAUUAUUCACAAACUCCUCCAGCUCAAGAACUAAUUGCAAGGGAUCUUCAUGAUAAUGAAUGGAAAUUCAGGCAUAUAUUUCGAGGUCAGCCCAAGAGGCAUCUUCUUACAACAGGAUGGAGUGUUUUUGUUAGUGCAAAGAGACUUGUUGCUGGUGAUUCUGUCCUAUUUAUCUGGAAUGAAAAAAAUCAAUUGCUUCUGGGUAUCCGACGAGCAAAUCGCCCCCAGACUGUUAUGCCUUCAUCAGUUCUUUCAAGUGAUAGUAUGCACAUUGGUCUUCUUGCUGCUGCAGCACAUGCAGCUGCCACAAAUAGCCGAUUCACUAUAUUUUACAAUCCAAGGGCAAGUCCUUCAGAAUUUGUCAUUCCCCUGGCUAAGUAUGUUAAAGCAGUCUAUCAUACUCGGGUUUCUGUGGGCAUGCGAUUUAGGAUGCUGUUUGAGACUGAAGAGUCGAGUGUUCGUCGAUACAUGGGUACAAUUACUGGCAUUAGUGAUCUAGACCCUGUUCGCUGGCCAAAUUCACAUUGGCGCUCUGUUAAGGUUGGGUGGGAUGAAUCCACUGCAGGGGAGAGGCAGCCGAGAGUAUCCUUGUGGGAGAUUGAACCAUUAACAACAUUCCCUAUGUAUCCAUCCCCCUUCCCUUUGCGACUAAAGCGACCAUGGCCAUCUGGACUGCCUUCUUUCCAUGGUCUGAAAGAUGGCGAUAUGAGCAUAAAUUCUCCGUUAAUGUGGCUUCAAGGAGGGGUUGGAGAUCAAGGAAUCCAAUCUUUGAAUUUUCAGGGAUUUGGUGUUUCACCCUGGAUGCAGCCAAGGCUUGACGCUUCGAUGCCAGGUCUACAACCUGAUGUAUACCAAGCAAUGGCGGCUGCUGCACUUCAAGAAAUGAGAACAGUGGAUUCUUCCAAAUUAGCCUCACAGUCUCUUCUGCAGUUCCAGCAAUCUCAAAGUGCAUCCAAUGGGGCUGCUUCUUUGAUUCCAAGACAGAUGUUACAGCCGUCCCAUUCUCAAAAUGCCUUUCUACAGAAUUUUCAGGAAAAUCAGGUCUCUGCUCAGGCUCAGCUUCUGCAACAGCAGUUGCAGCGACAGCAGUCCUAUAAUGAUCAACGACAGCAGCAGCAGCAAGUUCAACAACCCCAGCAACUACACCAAUUAUCAGUCCAGCAGCAGAUUCCGAAUGUCAUCUCUGCUCUACCUCACCUUGCGUCAGCCAGUCAGUCCCAGCCUCCAACUCUGCAGGCCAUUCCUCCACAGUGCCAGCAGCCAAACUUUUCUGAUUCUCUGGGGAACCCAAUAGCUACAUCUGAUGUUUCCAGUAUGCACAAUAUCUUAGGUUCAUUAUCACAGGAUGGAGCAUCCCACUUGCUUAAUUCGAACGCAUCAAACCCUGUUAUCUCUUCUACCCCCAUGCUUAGCAAGCAAGUCACAGUUGAUUCUCAUCUUCCUUCUGGAGUUGCUCAUUGCAUACUGCCUCAGGUGGAACAGUUGGGAACACAACAGUCAAAUGUUUCUGAACUUGCUAAUUUGUUGCCUCCAUUUCCCGGUAGAGAGUAUUCUUCUUAUCAUGGUUCUGGUGAUCCACAAAACAAUCUAUUAUUUGGGGUGUCCAUUGAUUCCUCAUCUCUUAUGGCACAGCAUGGGCUGCCAAACCUGAAAAAUAUUGGCAAUGAAAAUGAGUCAUUGUCUCUUCCAUUUGCUACUUCAAAUUUUACAAGUGCUGUGGGAACUGAUUUUCCACUGAAUUCGGAUAUGACAACCUCAAGUUGUGUAGAUGAAUCAGGUUUCUUGCAGUCUUCUGAGAAUGUGGAUCAAGUGAAUCCACCACCUAGAACCUUUGUGAAGGUUCAUAAGUCGGGGUCCUUUGGGCGGUCACUGGACAUUUCCAAGUUUAGCAGCUAUGAUGAGCUGCGCAGUGAACUUGCUCGUAUGUUUGCCCUUGAAGGCCAACUAGAGGACCCUCAGAGAUCAGGCUGGCAGCUUGUAUUUGUUGACCGGGAGAAUGAUGUUCUUCUCCUUGGUGAUGACCCUUGGCAGGAGUUUGUAAACAAUGUGUGGUAUAUUAAGAUACUAUCUCCGCUGGAAGUGCAACAAAUGGGAAAAGAAGGUCUGAGUUCAGUGACUUGUGUCCCAGGGCAAAGGCUCACGAAUAACAACUGUGACGACUAUAUGAGCAGACAGGAACUGAGAAGUUCGAGCAAUGGAGUUGCAUCCAUGGGGUCUCUUGAUUACUGAAAGCCAAAAUCUAGGGAAAACUGAAAAGAGAAAAAAGAAAAAAUGGCUUCAGAUAAGUGUUUUUAAGUAAUAUACUAGUAAUGUUGUGAAAUGGAUUGUCAGCAUUCUUUUUCUACGCUAGCCCUUUUGUAAUGGUUUUGUUAAAAAGUUGCUGUUGUAUGUGAGCAGAUGCAAAUGCAAAAUAUCAGUGUAAAUUAUUGUAGGAGAGUUGCUCUUGGUGUGAGAGCAACGUUAUGCUACUUAGAACACGGAUGUAUUAGGAGAAUGAAUGACACUCAAUAGUAGCCUGUUUGUUUGCUAUCUUGAAUUGUAAUUUUAUGAACAAUGGAUCUUUAUGACCGCAUGGAUAGCCCUUCAUUUUUUGA